AUGAGUUUUAAAGGGUUCACAAAGGCUAUGUCUAGAGUUCCUCAGAACUUUAGACAGAAGCUCAACAUGGGAGAAGUGACACACGAUCCCGUGUACGAUGAUGCAGAGAGACGUUUCAAGGAAAUUGAGAAUGAGACAAAGAAGUUGAGCGAGGAAUCCAAAAAGUACUUCACCGCCGUCAACGGGAUGCUGAGCCACCAAAUUGGGUUCUCCAAGGCAAUGGAUGAGAUCUUCAAGCCAAUCAGUGGUAAGCUGUCUGAUCCAAACUCCACCAUCCCUGAGGACAAUCCCGAAGGUAUUGAGGCGUCAGAACAGUACAGACAGAUUGUUGCUGAUUUGCAGGAGACGCUAAAACCAGAUUUGGAGUUGAUUGACACGAAGAUAGUCCAGCCAGCACAAGAUAUGCUGAAGAUCAUUCUCUCCAUCAGAAAGAUGGCAACCAAGAGAGAACACAAGCAGCUGGAUUUGGAUCGUCGUAAACAUACGUACAACAAGUAUGAACAGAAGAAGGAGAAAACCCCAAAGGAUGAGGAAAAGAUGUACAAGGCCGAGGCUGAGAUGCAAGUUGCACAGGAGGAGUACGACUAUUACAACAAUAUGCUGAAGGAGGAGCUUCCUGUCCUGUUCCAAUUGGAGGCACAGUUUGUUCAACCAUUGUUUGUGUCUUUCUACUUCAUGCAACUCAACAUCUUUUACACCCUUUACAACAAGUUUGAAGAUAUGAAGAUUCCAUAUUUCGACUUGAACUCCGACAUCGAGGAGGCAUUUGCUGCUAAGAGGGGCGAUAUCCAAGAGAGAUGCGAUGCAAUUGGAAUCACCCAUUUCAAAGUGGGUCAUGCUAGAGCCAAAUUGGAGAUGACCAAGCGUAGAUAUGGUAAAGAAGGAGCAGCAGGAGUGGGAGCCGCAGCAGGAUCAGCAGGUACAAACACUCUGCCUCCAUACACUCCACCAGCAACUGCUGGAGGUUAUGGUCAGCCUGCUGCUGCCACUGGAGGCUAUGGACAACCUGCUCCUGCUGCUGGAGGCUAUGGACAAACUGCAACUGGUUAUCCUGAUGAAAAGGCACAGUACCAACAGGCCCCAGCCUACGGACAACCAGCGUAUGGACAACCAGCUUAUGGACAACCAGCUUACGAACAACCGGCAGCAGCAGCAGCAGGUGGCUAUGGCCAGCCUAUGACACCACAGUCUGCCUCCUCGUAUGCUUCGCCAGCACCAGUCGCAGCAGCAGCUCCACAGGCAACACCAGCAGUGGAGACUUGUACUGCGUUGUAUGACUACGCAGCACAAGCUGCGGGAGACCUAUCAUUCACCGCAGGCACUGUCAUCGAGAUUGUACAGAGAACUGCUGAUGCCAAUGGUUGGUGGACAGGAAGGGCAAAUGGACAGCAAGGUGUCUUCCCAGGUAACUACGUACAGCUCAACUGA